AAUUCCUGGAACGUGCAGAUUGGUUGUGUCAUAUUUUCCAGGUACUGCUGGAUAGAGAAAGUUUAUUACUCAUCAGACCAGGAAAAACGACAAUUGCUUGAAAAGAGCAGUUGAACGUUUCGUUGGGGAGUGCAUUGUUUAUAUUUCUCGCUGAGGUCGAAUGCCCGUUUUUUAAUAAUAAUAAAGUAUUUUUGCGAUUCCGAAUUCUUGUACAACCUUCGUCAUGUCAGAUGACAGUAAUGAACGGCCUUCUUGUCGCUUUGAAGAGUCAAAUCGUUCAUCGGACGACAGCUCCAUGUCGUUGUGGACGAAAGCUCAGCAACUACAAGGCGAUGCGCUCCUCCAGGUGCGCGCCGUUUAUGGAGAACACUUUCCAAUUGAAGUUCGACAUUUUUUGGCAGCAUGGUUAGAAGAGAAAAUGUGUUUUUUUUCUAGGACUGACAUAGACCCAGAAAAUCCCCAACAUGAGCAAUAUGUUGCCAGCCUUGUCAGUUCACUUAUUCAAGAACUGGAAAUGAAAGCAAACAGUAUGACAACAGAAGAGCUGUUUCUCACAAAACUAAAGUUAAUGGAGGCUGCAAAUACAUUUAGAGAAAGAUACAUGCAUAACCCCCGAAGGUUGUUUGAAAUAAUUCGAAAUUGUCUCAACACCGAAAUGAAGUUGGUGCAACAGGUAGGAAAUGCUAGCCUGGGCCGGGACUUGAUAAUGCCAUGUUUGCCAUUUACCCCAGAUCUUAAUACUGAAAUUGCUCAGCAGCUGGAUUAUUUGAGGAGACAGACCCACGAAACAGGAGAAGAUCUGAGAAGGAUUGAACAGGAGCAGGAAGCUUUUGCCCUGCAGUAUCAUGAAUGCACGAAAGUAAAUGCGCACUUACAACACAUACAAACACAGCAAAGAACUCCACAGAUAAUUGAAAUGGAGAAAAAGUUAAUGAAGCACAAAGAAACACUAGAGCAGUUACUAAAUCAGAAGGUGGCAUCAAUGAUGCAAUUAAGACUGACAUUUGUAGAUAAAUUGAAGGACACGAUAGAAAGUCACCUAACAAAAAUGCAAUCUAGAGUUCUGGAUGAAGAACUAAUUCGAUGGAAAAGGGAGCAGCAGCUUCAAGGAAAUGGGGCACAUUUUAACAAUAACUUAGACAGCAUACAGGAGUGGUGUGAAAGUCUUGCUGAAAUUAUUUGGAUGAAUAGGCAACAAAUAAAAGAAGCCGACAGGUUAAAGCAGAAGUUUGACUUCGAUCCACCCGUGGUUUCUGAGAGACUGCUUCAUCUGAACACAGUCAUCACACAGCUUUUAUCAUCUUUAGUCACAAGCACAUUCAUAAUAGAGAAACAACCACCACAAGUUAUGAAGACAAACACACGUUUUACUUCUACAGUAAGGCUCCUUGUUGGAGGGAAGCUGAAUGUCCAUAUGACCCCACCUCAGGUGAGGGUGACAAUAAUAAGUGAAGCACAAGCCAAUGCACUUUUAAAAAGUGAUAAAGUUUCAAAAGGUGAUGCUAGUGGUGAAAUUCUGAACAACACUGGUACCAUGGAGUACCAUCAGGCUACGAGACAACUUUCUGUCAGCUUCAGAAAUAUGCAGCUUAAAAAAAUAAAACGUGCGGAGAAGAAAGGUACAGAAUCUGUAAUGGAUGAAAAGUUCUCAUUGCUUUUCCAGUCACAGUUCUCAGUUGGUGGUGGAGAGCUUGUAUUCCAGGUGUGGACUCUUUCGCUACCUGUUGUUGUGAUUGUUCACGGUAAUCAAGAACCUCAUGCACAUGCUACUGUUACUUGGGACAAUGCUUUUGCUGAACCCGGAAGAAUACCAUUUGCAGUACCAGAUAAAGUACCAUGGUCAAAAGUUUCAGAUGCUCUCAAUAUGAAAUUCAAAGCAGCUACAGGGCGUUUUUUGACAGAAGAGAAUCUCAGAUUUCUUGCAGAAAAAGCCUUCAGGAAUCCCCAAGUGGCAGACUACAGUGGUAUGCUGCUUAGUUGGUCACAAUUCUGCAAGGAACCACUUCCAGACAGAAACUUCACUUUUUGGGAAUGGUUCUUCGCUGUGAUGAAACUAACAAAGGAACAUUUAAGAGGCCCAUGGAUGGAUGAAACUAUAUUAGGUUUUAUUCGGAAAAGACAAGCAGAAGAAAUGCUUGCUGGACGUCCCAGUGGCACCUUCCUUUUACGCUUCUCAGACUCGGAACUUGGGGGUGUAACAAUUGCUUGGGUUGCAGAUCAAAAUGAUGUCUUUAUGCUACAACCCUUCACCAGCAAAGACUUUGCAAUACGCAGUCUCGCAGAUAGAAUUUCUGAUUUGCAGCAUCUUGUAUAUUUGUAUCCUGACAUUCCUAAGGACCAGGCAUUUGGAAAAUAUUACACACCUUUUACAGAGAACCAACAACAGUCAAUUAAUGGAUAUGUGAAACCUCUGUUGGUGACUCAUGUCCCUGGUUGGGGUGGACCUGGUUCUGUAGGCAGCUACCCAGCAACACCACAGAUGUACCCACAUUCUCCAGACCCCAGCAUCCCCCGAGAUACACCAUCAGUUGCCAGCGCUACCAGUGAGUCAGUCAGUAGUUUACAUACUGUGAUGGAUUUAUAAAAGGAUGUUUGCCAGUUUUACAUCCAUGACAUCAAACACACAGUGCAGCUGGCAAGGAGUGAUUGUGUAGUGGCAUAGACUGAAGUGUCGCCAAGAGAAUUCCGUAAAUUAUUUUAGGAUUAACUGCUGGAUGACAUAGUGGUGAUGCAGUUGGACAUUUUAUGCAUCUGAAUUGUUUUGUUGCAUUUAAAUUUUAACUUUUAUAUUAAAAUAUUUUGUAGAGUAGUAAAAUGUUCAUCUUGUCAUCAGUUUUUAUACCAUUUUUCCUUUUUUCCUCAUUUUUCAAAAAGGCCUUUGUGUAUACAUUUUAUGACAUUAAAUUUUCAUUCCCAGUUUGAAAAGAUCUCUUAUUACUGUAUUAACUGAUGAUUGUAUUAGAAGUUCCUAAAAUGAAUCUGGGGACUGAUGCUUGUAAAUAACCCACUUUUGAACAUAUUUUGUCUACUUACAUGUACUAAUGAAACAUUGUCAUUACUGAGAAGUAAUCAAACUUACUGUGUUAAAUGUUGUGCAUGAUUUUGCAGCCUAAAUUUUCUGCAUUUGUAUUCAUACUACGUGUUUACCAGCCACCAGAAUUUUGGGUUAGUUUAGAAAUAUUCCUUUUUUCAGCUGUUUCGAUUGAGUCAUUAACGAUCGGGAAGUAAUUUGUUGACAGCGGCUGGAAUUUUGAUAGCGGUGAAGACAGACUUUUUUUAUUGUUACAAGACAGCGGUCCAGUUCUCAUGAUGUAGGCGUUUUUUUUUUUUUGAGAGAGUGUAGGACAAUGCAGUUCUUUCAGCACUGUAGAAAUUGUCUCAGUUCUCAAAAUGAGGAAUCACCCUGUCCUACAUUUCUGUUUAUCACACCGUCCAAAAAUAAUGUUCAUUCUGAUUCCAUUAAUAAACAUACAGAUUUUCCUCUGUCAGUUUUUCUUUAUGACUUUGCUCCAAAUAUGUUGCAGUAACAUUUUUUACCAUUUCCCACCAUAUUACAUUAUCUUCAUAAAUGUCAGAUUUUUUUGUGUUAAAUGACUCCUCUCUCUGAGAAAUAGUAUAUGUCAUGUGUUGUGAUAGUAUGCAAUAAUUUUAAGGAGGCCUUCUCUCUUUAAUAUUAUUCAGAACUGGUAUCAGAUGUGAUGUUUAAAGGUUAGAUCUAAUUGUUUGUGUCAGUAAAAAAAUAAAAUCAUGCCCAUUCUCUGCCUAUUUACAUUUUGCACAACAUGAAUCAAACCUGAUUUGUUGUUCAGAGUAGUGCUGCUUCAGAUAUAUUUGAAGUUGCAUGUUUGGUUUUUCAGUGCUGUGGAUAAGAGACGAAUAGUUUUGGUUUCAUAAUCGUUCAGAAGUAUGUUGUAAAAACUGAAAAUUUGUAUUGUUUCAACAUUUGAAAGGGUAAGAGUAGGCAUAUCUGCUAGAUAUAUAUAAAAGUAAUCUUGCCUGUUGAUACAUGACGUUUGAAUCAUGUUGUGUGAAAUGAACUGAUAAAAUGGUUACAGUUGUUUUUGAUUGACAUAGUGUCUUCUCAUUGUGUAUGUCUAUAAGAUGUAAUGUUGUGCUGUCACUGACAUUUUCAUAAACAUUAUUCUAUAUUGUGUAAAUAUUUUUGUAACUAUAGAAUGUUUAAUGUGCGUUGUUUUGUUGUGAGUUGAUAGUUGUAACUUGUCAGGUAUCAGUGAUACCUCAGAAGUUUUAACAAAAUUUUAUUAAAGAAAAGAUGCAAAACAGAAAUAAAGAAAAAAAGAGAACAGGGUAAGUGCGGGAGCAAAACAUGUAUUGUACUUAGAAUUUUUAUUAUUAUAUUGUUUAUAAUAAUAAUGUUUAUCGAAUGAUAUAUGGCAGUAGAAGAAAGAUGUGUAGCUUAGGUAUAUUUGUCUUUCAUGAAAUUUUUGAAAAUUUUAAAAGAAAAUAAAAUAAUACUUUAAUCACAUCAGUAUUUGUGGAGCAUUUAAAGUAAUAUUGACAGUGUUUAUAUUCUAUUUCAAAUUGAAUUCUGAGAAAGCUAACUUUGCAGGAAUGUGUGUACUGUCUUUAAUAACUGGGGUGUGUUUCAUGUGUGAGGAGGUAAAUAAUUAAUGCUUGGUUUAAUAUAGUUGAUGAUUUUCACAAAUUAAAUAUCAAAUUCUUUUGCAUCGAUGUAAUGUGAACUUGUCAAUUCUCACUAGCACCUAACAGCUGUAUUAUGUAAUAAAGACUUUCUUUUUCGUAUGUCAAGAAGUACAACCACAUAGGAGAGGUCACUGUUCCCACAAGAAUAAUUGAGUAUAUGAAUAUUUCCACGAUUAUUUAGGUUCCUUGAGCGGUAAUCUAAUGUAUGUAUGGUGUCAGAAAUAGCCGUUCUUUUACUCUCCAUCAAGCUACAUGUGAAUUUACUUGUUGCCUUCCACUACCCUACCACUCUGUCCACACACACACACACACACACACACACACACACACACACACACACACACACCAUCUUCUUCCUUGCCCUUGUUUGGAACACCCCCUCCCUCCCUCCCUCUCUCUCUCUCUCUCUCUCUCUCUCUCUCUCUCUCUAGCCUCUUUAGUUGCAGUAUUCAAAGUGCUGUACAAGGUUCAUCAUGCAUUAAUUGAAACUUUCCAAUAGACCCAGGUUCUCCUCGGAAUGUGAUGGGAAACUGAAUGCAAUUUUUGAAGAGAGUUUGAAACUUUGCUUUCUGCUCUCUGUAUAAGUUUUGCUACCUUUUAACUAAUAUAUUUCUUCGUACUUUGUGCAUGACAACAAAUAAAUAGUCUGGUGACCAGUGAGUGCAAGAUGUAUGCAAUAUUCAGAACUUGUUAGCAGUGGUUUUCUUUUCAUAAGCUGCUUUUAGUUCUGUUGAAGUUGUUUCUGAGAUGACAGUUGAAGACUGUAUAUAUGCCUGUGCUGAGUUUUUCCUAUUUCUAUGAUGCUGUGAUGAUGCAGUAUAAUUAUAAUGUAGUUUGCAGUAAUUACACAGGGAUUUAAGCACUGGCUGCUGCUUUCCUGAUACUUUAAGAAUGCUUGAUACACGUGCUAUGAACAUACAGAUUGUUAAAUUCCACAUGAAGUUUAAUGGCCUGUUGAGGUGAACAUCCUAAUUGGAUAAGUUGUUGAAGAAACUGUAUUCACUAUAGUAACAACAUUAACAUCUCAGGUGAUUUCUUCAGGUGUAACUGCUGGUAUCCUGAAACACUGGUUACUUACAUUGUUAAUGGUAGUCCAUUAGUGGAUUAGAUUUCUUUGAGUGGACAAGUGGGUUUCUUAAAAUGAGAUACUAUUGUCUGAUGUGGCUGAAGUAGGUACCACACAAUUGAAACUGAAAUGAGAAUCAAUUUGUACAAGUUGUGCAAGACCACAUGAUGUCUCAUUCAGGUGGCAUCAACUUAUGAUCAUAACUAGUUUUUUUAUUGUAAUUUUGGAGCAUAUCUACAAAGCUGCUCUCGGUCAUUGCUCCUUUGUGUGAUACAUAUACUUUGUUUAUUUCAGAUUGUGGAAGUAUGGGUUUAAUUUUGUCCUUUGAUUGGAUGCACUUGUUGUAAUCAGUAAAUGAAGAUUUUUUGGACCUUCAUAUAAGUGUUUGCAUGCUUUCAGUUUCUCUUUGCUGAUGCAGUGCAUAUGGGAAGACAAUAUAUAUUAUUGAGUAAUUGGAAUUGUGAAUUCAUAUUGCAAAAACACAAUGAGUAUUUCAGGAGAACUUAUAUUUUGUGUGUUGUAGUGAACCUAAAUUCAUUUGCUUCAGGAUUCCUUUCUCUGUACACAUUUAUUUGUGCUCUCUAACAAAUUCUUACAUUGCUCGUCGUCAUAAUCGUGUUUUAUCAUACUCGUGUUUCAUCAUUACUUAUGUCUCCCAUCAGAGUGAUGAAUAAAGCCCUUUCAUUUUUUGACUUUGUUGAUCUUGAUAAUAGGACAUUAUUUCUUUAACAUGUGCAGUGCUUUGCCACAGAUAGGGCUAUUAAUUAGUCUUUGGAUUGAGACUAGAUAUGCAAGUAAUAAGAUGAAUGAUUUCACUGAUGAUUUUUAUGUGUCAUUGGUACUUAAAAAUGUUCGUUUAGAUGCUUUUAGAUAAGAGAACCACAGAGAACUAUAAAUGGAAAGGUCAUUUUACCAGUGAUUAGUGUUUGGUGUAAUUAUGUUGCAUAUGAUAAGAAAUAUGUCUCUCACUGUUUCAUAGUGAGAGUAGCAGCUUACAGAAAAACAUUCCGUAUCUUGUACACCUACUGGAUGUUGAUCCCUCUGUUGGACUUGCAUAGUAGGAAAGGGACCCCCUCCCCUUUUUGUUAUAUAAAUUAUGGCAGGAAUUAUUUUUCUUGAAAUAGAUGAACCAAAUUCUCAGAAACAUUUCCUUUCACUUCAUGUGCAGGUCAUAUUUUUUUUUAUUAUAUGGCUCCCUGUAAACAGUCAUGUCAAACUUUCUAAUUAUGAUCUAGAUAUUCUUUAACAACAACCCAUAGGAACUAAGUACUGCAUUUUUAGUAUCUGGACAGUCUUAAAAUAGUUUAGUGGAAUUGCAGACUAAUUUUUAAAGUAAGAUCCUCGCAGUGCUGUCUUUAUUAAUAUCAAAACAUUUUAUGAAAACUCUAUGCUCCAAGAGCUGUAGUUUCCCAGAAUGUAUUUCUAGUAGAAGUUUGACAACUGCACAGUUAAUGAUGUUCUGCCCAGCAUUGAUGGACCUUCCAUAUUUGUUUAUCUUUUAAGAUAUAUAAUCACCUUAUUUUUAAUGAUUCCCAUUAUUGUGUUGUACAGAAUUACUCAUGAAUGUAACUUUUGAAAUGUGCUAUUAAUAUUCCAUCCAUGUUGACUUAACUAUGUAGAAAUGUUAGAUAAAUGUAAUAGAUAUGCCUCAGGUAUUUGGCUCUGGAAAUGCAAUUUAAGAAAACCUGAAAUUCUCCAUGAUUAACAGCAAAGUAUUUACAGAGCCUGACUUGUCAGAUACAAAUUUUACAGUGUGUUGCUAUUACAUAACAGACUUUAAGGCUGACUCUUUGACAAAAUGUAACAUAUCUUUUUAUAUACUUUUCAGUUUUUUAACACUUCAGGUUUCAGAUAUAUCUUGAGAGUUAUUAACUGAAACUUUUGUAAUAAAUAUAUUAUUCAUAUGAUGUUACUGGUUCGUCAGAAUGUUUUUAAUUUUUCCAGUCAAAAAUGUAAAGUCUCCAUUUGUGAUGUUUGUGAUUUCAGUGUAUACUAUAAAUAAAAUGUUAAUAAAUGUCAAUUGCUGUCAUACGUUUCAAUGUUUUUCUCUGACACUAGUUACUUCUUCACAUCAUCCCAGAAUUAUACUUGCAGAGUGAAUCACAAAGUAGAUACCGAAGCUAUUACAGCAUUAGCUCAUUAUCAACUGCAUGAAAGAUAAAACAAAACAU